AUGAGGAUGAGCAUGAAGGAAUGGUUGGGAGAAAUAAGAAAGAUGAAAGUGGAGAUGAAAGAGGAGUUGGAGAAAAUAGGCAAAGAAAUGAAAGUGAGGGAAGAGAAAUGGGAAAGGGAAAGAGAGGAAUUAAGAAGGAGUAUUGAAAGGGAGUGGGAAGUAAUAAUACUCAUAGAAACAUGGAUGGAGGAAAAGGGAUGGGAGGAAAUAAAAAGAAGACUACCAAAAGGAUACAUCUGGGGAGCACAAUGGGCAGAGAAGGAAAACAGAAAGGGAAGGGCAAUGGGAGGGAUGAUAAUGGGGAUAAGGAAGCAUCUAAUGGAAAAAGGUGAAAGAAUAGUGACGGAGAAAGAAGAAUUAAAGAGUUGUGUAGAAGAGGGAGAAUUACAGAGAGAUACAAUUAUAGGGAGGGACUUUAAUGCAAGGACAGGUGAGGAAGGGGGAGGAAUGGAAGAGGGUGAUGGGAGAGAGAAAGGAAAGAAGGAGGGGUGGCGUAGGGAAAGAGCUUCGAAGGACAAGAGGAUAAACAGAGAGGGAAGGAAAAUGAUAGAAUUUAUUGAGGAAAGAGGAUGGGGAAUUUUAAACGGGUGCACGAAGGGGGACGACGAAGGGAAACUAACAUUUACAGGGGGAAGAGGUGGCUCGGUGAUAGAUUAUGUUAUAGGGAGUGAAGAGGUGAGAGAGAAGGUAGAAAGAUUAAGAGUAGGGAAAAGAGUGGAUUCGGGCCACCAACCGGUGGAAAUAUGGAUAAGAAGGGAAGGAAGGAGGAAAAGUGGAGAAGGAGUAAAGUGGAAAAGAAGACAAUGGAGAGGAAUUUGGGACGAGAAAAGGAAAGAAGAAUUUAAGAAAAAAUUAGGGAGGAUAAGCUUUGGAGGAAGAGGGGUAAAAGAGGAAGGGGAGGAAAUGGAAAAAAGGAUAAAAGAAGCGUUAAAAGAAAUGGAGGAGGAGGGGAAGAAGGAAGACAAGACUAGAAGAGGAUGGUGGGAUAGAGAGUGCGAGGAAAAAAAGAGGGUGGUGAGGAAAGAGUUAGGGAAAUGGAAGAGGAAAGAGAGGGGAGGGGAGGAAUAUAGAAAAGAAAAAAAGGAAUAUAGGGAGCUAUGCGAAAGAAAGAAAAAAGAAGAAGGAGAAAGAUGGGAAAAAAGAGCAAGGAAGGUGAAAAAGGAGAGUGAAGUGUGGGAUUUAAUAAAUAAAGAGAGGAAGAAAAAUAGGAGAAUAGAAGAAGAGAUAAAAAUGAAGGAAUGGAAUGAAUACUUUAUGAGGAUAUUAGGGGGGGUAGAGGGAAAAGUGGUGAUGGGAGAGAGAAGAAGGGGAGAGGAAGAAGAGAAAGAAGAAUGGGAGGAGGAAAUAGGAAGGAAAGAGUUAAAGGCGGCAAUAGGGAAGUUGAAGGUAAAAAAGCAGCGAGGGCGGAUGAGAUACCGGGAGAGGUAUGGAAAUUUGGAGGAGAAGAACUGGAAGAAUGGAUUUGGAAAUUGUGUAGGGAGAUAUGGAAUGGGAGGGGAUGGCCAGAAGGAUGGAAGGAAGGGUAAUACCGAUUAA